UUCUUUUCGCUGAAACAUAAAGAUUUGAUAUUUGAAAAAAAAAUAGAAACAGAGAGAGGGAUAAUAAGCGUGAUGGGUUAUAUCAACUUGUGUGGCUGUCCAAGCCUCUCCUCCGUCGUCUUUAAUUUGAGCCAAAAUCUAAGUAAAGGGGGCAAGAAACAAAAGAACGGGGAAGGAUUAGAAGGAAGGGGAGGAAGGGAUGGCAGCAACCUUCUUGUGUUCAUGGAAUCCAACUCUAGUACAUGGUUCCAGAAAAGUAAAUUCAUUGUAUCACAGAUCAUUAGAAGGUGUUGGACAGAUUACACUAGAUCAACCAACUGCGAAAAGAAGCUCAAGUCGUCAUGGCUGUCCAACGAAAAUAUCCCGUAGGUUUUCUGUGUUUGCUGUGACCGAAAGUUCUAAAGAGCCAAGCAAGACUGAAGAAACAAUCCCUUCUUGGGCCAGGGCAGAUUCAGAUGUGCCCCCUCCUUGGGCUCAGGAUGAAGGCAAGGAAAGUGCAUCACAGCAAAUAUUUGAGAUUCCCUUCUAUGUUUAUUUACUUGCUUCAGCAGUGACUGCAAUUGCUGCAAUAGGCUCUGUGUUUGAAUAUGUGAAUCUGAGGCCAGUGUUUGGAAUUUUGAAAUCAGACAGCAUUUUUUAUGCUCCAUUGCUUGGAUUUUUUGCAUUUACUGGCAUUCCCGUUUCAAUUUUCCUGUGGCUCAAAUCUGUUCAAGCUGCUAACAAGGAAGCUGAAGAACAAGACCGCAGGGAUGGCUAUCUGUAGCAUUAACUACCCUCUACAGUUGUGAUUUUAAAUAUUGAGGAGGAUCAUGUGUUGUUAUGGAAUUUAUUUCGAGGGACAAAUGAUUCCUGAUACAAACAUAAAUGUGAAUAGUUUUACUAGUAAAUGACACAUACAAAACUCUUUUUUAUUCUAUUUUAUAUGAAGGAUAUUUAUGCAAAACUUCAAAUGAAAUAAAAAAACUAGAAAAUGUUAGCAUUUAUUA